CCGGCCCCAGAUGGGGCGCCUCUGCCCUCAUGGCCUGUCGCUACCCUCUCUCCCCAGGGCCCCGGGGUCCCUCCGCCAGCUUCCAUGGAGUUCCCCGGACACAGCGAGCAGCUGCUGCAGAGCCUCCGGGAGCAGCGCUCGCAGGGCUUCCUGUGCGACUGCACGGUGCUGGUGGGCAGCACGCCGUUCCAGGCGCACCGCGCCGUGCUGGCCUCGUGCAGCCCGUUCUUCCAGCUCUUCUACAAGGAGCGGGACCUGGACAAGCGGGACCUAGUGUGCAUCCACAACGAGAUCGUCACGGCGCCCGCCUUCGGGCUGCUGCUGGACUUCAUGUACGCCGGCCAGCUGGCCCUGCGCGGGGACACGCCCGUGGAGGACGUGCUGGCCGCUGCCAGCUACCUGCAUAUGAAUGACAUCGUUAAGGUCUGCAAGCGGAGGCUGCAGGCCCGGGCCCUGGCCGAGGCAGACAGCACCAAGAAGGAGGAAGAGCCCCGGGUACAGCCGGCCACCCCAGAGCCCCUGCCUAGCACGUCCCGCGGCCUCAUGCCCCUGCUGCCAGCCCCAGAGACGCCCAGCUGGAGGGACCAGGCCCAAUGGAAAGGGCCCGCCCCGGCCCCUGCCCUGCCCUCGGGCCCCCAGGCUGAUGAGCCCCCGGGGCCCGACAGUGCAGACACCACCCAGCCUGGCAUGGACGCCCCGGUGGUGGAAGGUUCCCUUUCCAGCCCCAGUAGCUCCACGGAAACCGUACCUGCCAGCUACUUUUCCCCUAGUCUCGGGGCUGCCCCAGGGGAGCCCCCAGGGUCCCUGGAAGUGGGUCCUGAGAACCUAGGGGUAGGAGGCCCACGAGGACCCAGUGGGCCAGUGGAGGGGUUCUACCCACCUCGGCCAGCGCCAGCGCCAGCGCCAGGAGAGGCUGAGCCCGUGCAGGUGAAAGUAGAGGCCAUCGUGAUCUCUGACGAGGAGGCCGAGGGGCCGGAGGAGAGGCCACGUGCACCCGAGGGACUCUUCCCAUCGGGAGUAGUUUGUCGGAGCCGCUAUGCCCCACCUGAAGUGUUUGAAGAGGCCUCGGCUGCGGGAGGCUCUGGGCUCGAGGAGGGGGCGCCGCCUGACCACUUUCUGGCCCCAGACACUCACCUUCCCUACCACCUGUUAGCCGGCCCAGGGCACUAUCACCCCGGCCUGGUGACGCCCCCUCCGCCUGCAAACAGCGGCCUGCACGAGGCUCUCUACUUGCCUCCAGAGUAUGAAGUGGCCUCGGGGGGCUUUGGGGUUUUCACAGAGGAUGUCCCAACGUGCAAGACAUGUGGGAAGACCUUCUCCUGCUCCUACACGCUGAGGCGCCACGCCACUGUGCACACCCGAGAGCGGCCCUAUGAGUGCCGCUACUGCCUGCGGAGCUAUACGCAGUCGGGGGACCUGUACCGCCAUAUCCGCAAGGCCCACAAUGAGGACCUGGCCAAACGCAGCAAGCCUGACCCCGAAGGCCCCCUCCUAGGGGUGCGCACCUCACCUCACUCCGACUUCAGCCUGAGAAGUUGGGGGGGCACCCCAAGGUCUCUGGACUUGGCCCCUGGGAGUUUGGGGGAGUGGAGUCCUCUUGAGAAGCGGGAAGGCUGGGAGGUCAUCCUGGCACCGCUGGGGAGGAUGGGUGUGGGGGUCAGGCUGCUGCUGUGCCCUUGGGCCAGGUGAAAGGGAAGCACUGCUUGUAACACAGAGCCAAGGAGCUGGCUCUCGCAUUCCUCUGCCCUCUUCCCACUUCCCCCCUGGGUUAUCGAGGGACAGAGGCCCACUUGAUUAGCUCCUCUCCAGUCGGAUCAUUUGCCCAGCACCACGGCCUUCAGAGUGCCCCUGAAGCUGUCACUUGCCAUCGCAAGAAUUGUCUUAUUGCCUGGGCCAUAAAUGUGAAAGUAAAUCCUUUCUAUGAA